AUGGAUCCGGCUGCGUGUCGAGUUGUCUACAUUGAUGAGCGGUUCAACACAGAGAGGUGGAUUUCGAGAGAAGGGCUGUCUCCGGUUUCGCCGCGAAGGAGAGGCUCGGAAUUCGAGUUCCUACACUUGCCUGCGGACUUACAGAGCAAUAUCAGCGCCUUCCUCUCCGUUUUCAACCAAGUGUACGUGUGCAGCUCCGGACGGGCGUUCUCUACGAAACUCUCCGAGCUCCAUGAACAAGUCAAGCUUGAUUGCACACCGAUUCUGGCAUGCUUUGAUGUUGGAUCAGAGUCGAAGCACGAAUAUUUGAGGUCCAACGCACGGUUCUCGCCAUCGGCCGAUUCUCCGUUGCCUUCGCCCGGCCUGCUCCGGAGGGAAAUCACUUUCUCGUCCGAGUCGGAUGAAUCAUAUGGUCUCCAACUGCUGUCCCGGAUUGCAUCUGAUCUCCAGGUCGACGAAGGAGUCAAGCUGAUCAUUCCAGUCGCCAUCGUGUUGGGGAUGCGAUUCGGUCCAGAGUCGGAGUCGGAAGGGGAUGCGCUUGAUGAUUCGUCGGACAUCAUUGAUGCCCAGCUUAUGCUGCAGUGCCUUGACGCCGGAGCCCUGGACGUGGUCAGAAGCCCCCUUGACAAGGCAGGGAUCAUGGGCCUUACCGUUCAUGCCUAUCGGAUCUAUAAGGAUGCGAAGAAAGAGCAAACGGGUUUCAUGGCAAUGGCGCGGAGAAUGCGUAAACAAUCAUGGGUGGGCAUGGAGGAGGAGAAGCCGUAUGCCUACCUGCGAGAGGCCAUGGUCAAGAAGUUGUUGAAGGGGAUCUGUGAGCCCCAGAACAUCAUAGAAGAUUAUCAACACCGCGGCCUCUUUGUACAAGAGGCUCGGAAGGCGGCCGUCGCCAAAGCCAUUGCCGGUUGGGACUUUUGUGGGCACGACUUCACGGAAGAUGAGCUGGUCUAUGCUGGGUACUUCAUGCUGAACCAUGCCUUGCAGAUGGAUGCCAUAGAGAAGUGGCGCUUGAGUCGGGACGAAUUGCUGCACUUCAUGCAAGGGUGUCGGGUCGCGUACAACUCCUUUGUCCUCUACCACAACUUCAGACAUGCCGUGGAUGUCCUACAAUCGGUGUUUCACUUCCUCGUUCAGAUUGGGGCUCUCCCACCAUAUCCUGCCGGCGCCGAGCCGCCCCCAUUUUCAGACAAGAAGUCGCCUGCCGCUCAUCUACUCGGACCAUUCGAAGCCCUGACCUUGUUGAUUUCGGCGAUUGGACACGAUGUCGGCCAUCCUGGCGUCAACAAUAUGUUCUUGGUCAAGCUGAACGCUCCUUUGGCUCAACUGUACAACGACCAGUCGGUACUGGAGGCCUUUCACUGUGCUGCGUACUCUCAGAUUCUCCGACGCCAUUGGCCUGUCGCAUUCCAGGACAAAGCUCUGCGCAAACUCAUGAUCAGCACCAUCCUCGCCACCGAUAUGGGCAUCCACUCCGAUUAUAUGCAACAACUGGGCAACCUGCAGGAAAAGAUCCACGAGACCCAGGCUACUGACGGGUGGGCCCCAAAGGACAUUGACUGGGCCCGGACGUUGACAUGUGCGCUGUUAAUCAAGUGCGCCGACAUCAGCAACGUGGCGCGGCCCUGGUCAGUAGCAGAGAAAUGGACAUUCCUGCUUCAGGAGGAAUUUGCACAUCAAGGUCAAAUGGAACAAGCUGUUGGAAUGGAGACUGCCCUCUUUGGUGGCCCUCCGGAAUUGGGAAACAUGCUGAAGCUGGCUAAUGGCCAGAUUGGGUUCAUGACCAUCUUUGCGCAUCCACUUUUCUCCAACGUCGCCGACAUAAUCCCAGCUAUGCGCUUUGCCGCCGACGAGAUCCUAACAAACAAGGGGGUUUGGUUUACCCGGGCGGAACAUGAAAAGAGGCUGCAAAUGCUGCAGAAAGGCACCCGCCCUGGCGAAGGCGGUUCAGUAUCUCCCAGGACGCGGAGCCCCAAUGGUCGACGGGGACUGGCCGAAAAUGGUAGCGACAGACCGCAUCAGCUUCCAUCCUCUCCGCUGCGCGGCCGCGCAGAUGGCCUGGAGGAGCCCCAAAAUGUCGGCGAACAAACGCGCGGUCGAAGAACUGAACAUGCCACUGCAGGUGACAGCUCUGAGCCGUCAUCAUUAGCAGCGGUUGCAGGAGUCAGUCUGCCUACAAACGAUCCCACAGUCCGCGGCCCACCGAUACGGACAGAGACCCGUGCCAUGGAAAGGCCGGUCGAUCAUGACCUCUCCAGCGCCCACGGUAGUGGAAAUCCAACCGAGCACAACACUCCAAGGCUCUCUGCAUCGGGUGAAGAAGCACUUUCGCCAGAAUCCAGCCGGGCAUUCACAGACGGAAGAAGGGACAAUGCGAUCUCGAUGCGCGCAGGAAGUGAAGCUAUUCCACCGGAGGCUCUGAAGGCCGAUAAGCAGGAGAUAUCAGAUGCCGAGGCCCUCUCCAGGUUCAACUUUGCAACAUCAAACCUAGACGAGCCUGUGCGAAUGUAUGAUCCAUCGCAAGCAUAUCCCGCAGGUCACGCCAACGCUCGAGCCAGUGCCCCGGCCAGCAAUCUGGGUCUUAAGCACGCCAAAAUUAACGCCACACACGAGGCUCGGCAGACCAGAUCAGCGCAGAGCGAACAUACCACAAGCACAACUCUAAGGGGUGGUGCAGAGGAUAGUGCCAUCACCCCAAGCCAGAGCACGGAGGCGACGAGUUACACGUCCGACAGAAGUGUCGAGCUGACACGCAAUCAGACUGACUUCCAAACCAUGCGGAAUCGUUCGACGAGCGCCCCAAUACAGCCAGCUGCGGCAGAGUUGAGCCCUAGUUUCAGUGUGGGGAGCAAUAGCGCCGCCAGCGGCGACAGCAGCAAAGUCGAUGUACAUGCGACAAUUCUCAGCAAUGGAGAUAUGGGCGAAGGCCCUUUAAUGGAUCGAAGCCCCAUCAGCAAGACGAUUGGUCGACGGCGUAGCAGACUGAAGCUGGGUCUGGCUUUCUGGAAACGAAACCGGAGUGAAAAGACUGUCGGGGAAGAAGGCCGUCCCGACAGUCAAGGCAGCUGA